CAUCGGGUCAUCAUUGGCCGAAGCUAGGGCUCGAACUAUCGCCGAUCCGGGCCGGGUUUGCCGGACAAUUUGCCUAGGUAGGAAGGAGAAGGACUGUAGGUCAGUAAACGAAGUCAAUCGUCGGACGCAUAGCAAGAUAGAAGUUAUUGCCGGGGCUUGAAGGGAGACUAUGGUGUGGUGCAAACAUCUCGAUAAGUCAUCCUCCAAAGCGCGACCAGGUCAUUGCGUGGCUGCUGGCCGCUUUCAUUUUGCGGCACACUAUCAUGUCUAUCGCCAAGCUUCAGUCCAGGGCCGAUUCCCUGGAGCACUUGGAUCCCAUGGACAGAGCCAAAGCAGUCGCCAGGGAAUUCCAUGUAUCAUCUGAGACUAUCGAAACAGGCACUGGCCACUUCGUCAAACAGCUCAGUGAGGGCCUGCUAGCCGAUGGAACAACUCUGCUGCAAGUCCCGUCCUACGUGACCAACCUUCCUAAUGGCACAGAGAAGGGCGUAUGUCUGGCGAUUGAUUUGGGGGGAACCAACUUGCGAGUUUGCUCCGUCGAACUGCACGGCGACUCUACUCACACUCUCACUCAGUCCAAGGCAGCAGUGCCAGCGGCAUUGAUGACAGCAAAGACAUACAGAGACCUGUUUGGCUUCAUUGCAAGACAUACAGAAGCUUUCAUGGAGGAGCACAUGCCGGGUACCCUGGACUCGUGGCGACGUAUUGUCAAGGAUGGCCAGGUCACCGACGAGCUCCGUCGACAACGUCUCCAUCCUUUGGGCUUCACUUUCAGCUUCACAUUCGACCAGCAUGCCAUUGACAAGGGCAGGCUGAUGUACUGGACAAAGGCGUUCAACAUCGAUGACGCCGUUGGCCGCGAUCCUUGCGCCAUGCUCCAAGAAGCGCUUGAUGAGCUACAUUUGCCCCUUCUGGUGACGGCCCUCGUCAAUGAUACAGUAGGGACACUGGCGGCGCGAGCCUAUGCCUCGCCCGGUCGCUCAGAGACCUUGCUUGGUGCAAUAUUUGGCACAGGGACCAACGGUGCCUAUGUCGAAAAGAUGACCAACAUAAAAAAGUUGCAUUCGCAGCCUGGGUUCGCGGACCCUGGACAGGCCGCGUUCAUGGUGCUCAACACGGAAUGGGGUGGUUUUGACAAGGAGUUGUCCGUUUUGCCGACCACCAAAUACGACGAGACACUCGACCGAGCCUCUGUCAAUCCAAGAGACCAGCACUACGAGAAGCGCAUCUCUGGACUCUACCUGGGCGAGCUGCUCCGGCGAGUCAUCUUAGCGGAGAUGCAAUCCCCCACGCCUUGUUUCAGCUUGUCUGCUCAAUCACAUUCGCGGCUGCACAUACCUUACUCUAUCGACAGCUCGUUUCUGUCCGUUAUUAUUGGGGACCAAAGCCCUACCCUUGAACGCGCUCGGGAAGAGAUCAGCAAGGUUCUCAGCGUCAGACAGGUGUCUGUGUCUGAUGCCGCGGCAUUGCAAGUCAUAGCUGAAGCCAUAGGAAGGAGGGCGGCGAGACUCUCAGCGAUUGCCAUUGCUGGCGUCGUAGUCCAGUCAGGACGACUCGGCAGUACUACGCUCAUGAUGGGAGCUUCUCAGCGGAUGGUGCUAACGCGGCCCUCAUUUUUGGUGCGGCUUUGGUCAGAUUGCCGGAUGGCUCUCGGCGCUUUCGUGAGCUGCGUUCAUCAUUCCUUCCACCCUGAGAGGGUCAAGUCCGACUCCGUAAGUCAAGAGGCGUCGUCAGAUCUAAGCUACAACAGCGACAAAGGCAAAGAGUAUGUCUCUCAAGAGAUGGACAUUAUUGACAUUGGAGUUGACGGUUCGCUGUUCGAAUUCUUCCCUGGAUUUGAGGGCCAUAUUCGAACUGCACUGAGAGAGAUUCCAGCCAUAGGGCCCCUUGGUGAAGAGAGGAUACAGAUGGGCACUGCGCCCGAUGGAAGUGGUGUGGGUGCGGCGUUGAUUGCGUGGGCAUCUAGAAAGCCAUAAUGCGAAAUAAUACACACAAGAUUCCCCAUGAUUCAAUAACAAAGCUAAAACCAGUC